GAGAGAGAGAGAGAGAGAGAGACACUUGCUGUGUUUCCCAGAAUGGUCUUGAACUGGCCUCAAGAUUUUGCACAGAGAUAAUUGUGUUAAAUUUGGGUGUGCUAGGUAGACAAAAUUCUGCUGAUUAUCCAUCUAGGAAGAAUGUUGAUUCCUACUUUGGGAAAAGGAGUUAGGCUGGUGGACCAAGGGACAGCAAAGACAUAAAGCAAAUAAACUGUGCAUUUCUUCAUGGUCUAGGACAUUUAAACAAGAAAAGGAAGCAGAUAAGCUGUCAGUCUGCUUUUCUUUAUGGCUCAGGACAUAUAGUCCUCCUGGGCAAAUAAUGUACAUAACUCACAGACUUCCUGCUUAUCAUCAAAGGCAUGCGUCCAUUUAUCAUCAAACACCUUGGGUGACAGAAGAAUGCAAGUUAGCGCCCUGCUACCAUGGCAUUAUCAGUCAGCCCAAGGACCAUCCUAUAGUCUCCAGCAAGCCUCUGUUUCCUUGUAGUCAGUUCCUCUUCCGCUCAUUCUGCCUGCUGCUCCCUAACCACACACUUUCAUACUGUCUUUAAUAAAUCUGCCUUUCUUCACCCACAACUGUCUUGGCAAGUUCUUUUACCUCUGUGCCACCAGCCCAAAUAGUUGCUGCUCACCUGAGACAAAUAUAAAUGUGGUUUUUAUGCAAAUCAGUUUACUUAGUGACUCUCACCAAGCUUUGUAGAAGGUUCUGCCGAAGGAGAAGCUUAAGUGAUAAUGGCCCAAAACAAAAAAAUGUCACCACCCAGCUUCCUGGGCUGAAUGUAAAUACUGCCCAAGGGGCUCUUCCUGCCUACUGCAAAAAGAAGGACCAUGACAUCUGAUAGACACGAGGGUGGCCAUGCCACAUGGGAAAUGGAGUUCGUACUCAAAUCAUGUCAUCCAAAGCUUAGAUUAGAGGUUUUUCAAAGUCAGUUUGGGGAAAGGGGUGGGAGCGGCUGGAAAAUGGGUGCUUGCUGCUGAUUGGUUGGGGUGGAGAUGAAAUCAUAGAGGGUCAAAGCUGCCCUCAUGCGGGCUGAAUUGCUUCUGGGUGGUGCCACAGGAGCUGGGUUGGUUAGUCCUGGUGGAACCGUCAGGUCCAGGUGGAGCCAUGGGUGUCAGACGUGAAAAAACCUGAAAAGAUAUCUCAAAAGGCCAGUCUGAGGUUCUACAGUAGAGAUGUUAUUUGCAGUAGUAAUUGGAAGAAUGGCUGACGGUUGUUCAUGUCUAUGCCACCAUUACAGCAUGCAGCCUCCUCUCCUCCUCCCAGCCUGUUGGCCUCCCAUUAGCUUUACAAAAGCAACUGAGUUUUGGCCAAGGCCUGUUAUUUAAACUAUAGCCUAAAAGUCUUCAAAGUUAGCUCAGCCCUACAGCCCAGGAGUAAUUAAGGGAAAGGAAAGAUAGAUGGGGUCAGCUCAAUUUACUGUCAGUUUUUCUCAUUGAUAGAGUUUUUGCAAAUGUAUUUUCAUAAAGAUGCCUACUCUCUUCAUUCACACAUUUGUGAAAUGUCGAAGACUGCAAAAACCUGGAAGUUUACUGCUGCCUUACCUUACACAAGGCUUGUCUGUCUGGUUUGAAAGAAUGAGGGGAAGAGAGCAUAACUUCAACAUUCAAACACAACCCGACUACAAGUUUUGGAGACUGUGCUCCUUUUACUCUUUAUUCGUAGAAAGUUUUCCAAUGUUGCAGUCACAAUGCAAGUUUACCAGCUCUGUUCCUCCUUUAAGAAACUUAAGAAGUAUUUUCACAUGUUGCUUCACUGCCAUGAGAUCAUUCUUUUUAAAAGUUGUAUAGUUUUCAAUCAGAUAGAUGUGAAAGGAAAAUAAAUCUCACGACCCCAAAAUCACUAAGCCAAGGGAAAAGUCAGGCUGGGAACUAUGUCAGGCAAACCUGCCUAGAUUCCUAAAUAAGAUAGCUGUAAAGAUAAAAAGCUACAUACUUCCCUCACAAUUUGCUCACAAGGAAAUUCCUUUUGGACAAAGGACAGAAAGAACUCAGUCACCCCUCUGAGGCUCGUGUGACAAAUGCAUACGCAUAUCUGAUUGCUUCCUCAGACGUAUUGUUUAUGUAAAAAUGCAGAUCUUUUUUGCAUUUUUUUUCCCACGGCAAAAUAAACUUUCUAAAUUGACACCUGUCUCCGAUACCUUUUGGUUUAGAACUUACUGCUAUUUAUUUGACCAUUCUUCUACUUGUACAUGUGGAGUCCUGAUAAGUAAACAACCAUGAGGAAGGGGCCCCAGGUGGGGAAGAACAAUGAACAAUUGUUCUGAGAGAUGGCUAGUCAGACAACCUGAGGUCACUAUGACCUCAUUCUUAGUAGCUUCCUCCGGGGUGACCCUAUAAAACUUCCUUCCAGCUCCUGCCUCUGCAGACAGCUCCUUCUCUGCUGUGCUGCCAGUUGCAACCUUGCAAUUUAUUUUCAUAUUCUCUAAUAAAUCUGCCUUCCUAUACCUAUGAUUGUCUUGGUAAAUAAGAUGCUGUCGGCUGGGCGCGGUGGCUCAAGCCUGUAAUCCCAGCACUUUGGAAGGCCGAGGUGGGUGGAUCACGAGGUCAAGAGAUCGAGACCAUCCUGGUCAACAUGGUGAAACCCCAUCUCUACUAAACAUACAAAAAAUUAGCUGGGCAUGGUGGCGCGUGCCUGUAAUCCCAGCUACUCGGGAGGCUGAGGCAGGAGAAUUGCCUGAACCCAGGAGGCGGAGGUUGCGGUGAGCCGAGAUCGCGCCAUUGCACUCCAGCCUGGGUAACAAGAGCGAAACUCCGUCUGAAAAAAACAAAGAGGCUGUCUUCUUUUCCGCCUUUGUUUAACAGGCCCUAGCUACUUGCUACCUGCGACCAUAGCCAUAUUGUUUAUGUUCAACGUUUUAUUAUAAACAAUGUUCCAAUUAAUAUUUGUUGCUAAUAGCAUAGCUGUAUUUUUUUUUUUUAUUUCCUAAAGAUAAAAUUUCCAGCCUGUAUGAUGCUCUUUGUCAUGGCAACUUUGGUCAGACAUUUAAAUAAAGGAAAUGAAGGGUAAAACAGGAUUUUAGAAGGGGUGGUACAGAUUUGGGAGAGAGCUAGACAAAGGAGUUUAUAAAAAUAUUUUCAAAGACAGGUCGAAGAGAAGGAAUGAGUAUGAUAUUGUGAAAUAUAUAUAUUUGAUCUUCAUCCUAUUUCCUAGCAUAGAACUCCAAAAAUCCUUAGGAACGGCAAAAUAAGAGUUAAAUUUGUGUGCUAAUGAGUUGACUGAUAGUUGGCAACUCCCACGUACUUUCAGGAUGGGAAGUGGUUAUGGAAAAGAUCAAUGCUUGACUAGAAGGUUGGGACUUUGAACCCACCCCCAACCUCCAGGGAGGGUUCAAAGGGAGGAGGGUUACUGGUUUAAUCAACCAUGCAUAUGCCACGAAGCCGCUGUGAAACUCCCAAAAGACAGGGUUUGGAGAGCUUCCACCCCACGGAACAGGUGGAGACUCCUGAAAGGUGCAACGCCCUGUCUUCCGUACGUGGCCCUGUGCGCGUCUUCAUCUAUAUCCUUUGUAAUCAACCAGUAAACACAAGUAUUUCCCUGCGCUCUGUGAGCCACGCUCACAAAACAGUGAACCGGAAGAGGAGGUGGUGAAACUCCCAACUGGAAGCUGGCGGGGUCAGAAGUUCCAGAGGCUGGCCUGGGACGGAAGCGUCAGCGAAUGGUGUCCGACCCAUCUGCAAGGAGACAGCGUCGGAACCGAAGUGGAGGGCACCCAGCUGCGGUCCGCUGCAGAACCCACCGCUCGCUUCGUGUGUGGGGGGCAACUCCCCCAGGUUUGCUCAUAGAAGUCUUCCGUUAUGCUUAGUUGUCGUUGAGAGAACAGAAAAAAAAAAAAAAAAAAGCGCUUUGUGUUUUUCCCACCGAUUCGGAGAAUGAAGAAUAACUCAAAGAACGAAGACCCGAACGAAUGACCUUAAUACUCUGCCUCGCUUUUCUUGAUAAUGCGCACUACUUCCCAGCAUGCAUCAGUCCCCGUUAUUAUUCACUUUUUCCCACGGAAUGAUGCCCGCAUUCGACUGCCGCCCCGCGAGGUGGGGGUUUUGUCUGCUUGUUUACCGCUGUGCCCGACAGGGUAGGCGCUCGAUAAAUGGCAAGUGAAACACAGGGCAAGGCGGAGAGAGAAGAAACAGAAAGGGAAAGGGAAGAGAAAGGCCGGGCCGCGGGAGCGCUCAAUCACACGUACCACGUACCGGUCCCGUCUCCAGCUGGCUCAGGCCCCACACUGGUCCUCAGCUCCCUUUUCUCAGUGCUGGGCUCACAGACUCACCCCGCGCGCUCAAGCGCGGGCUCGGUCACUGCGCGUGCGCAUCACGGCGCAAGCACCCGGGCCUCGCAGCCUUUGGGGGACCCAGGCAGGCUGCGCCUGCGCAGUCACAGCGGGCCCGCCCAGGCCUCGGGCGGAACUGGUGGAUGAACCAACGGCCUGAGAGGGCUUAGCUGGUCCGGGUGGGGUUCGGAAGGCCAGCAGGGGUGGAAUUACUAGGGGACGAGCCGCAGCAGAAACUACCCGGACGGAGCGGCCGGGCCUGCGGCCGCCCGGGACCCUCAACCACCAUCCCAGCAUCCUCUGCGCCGCGCCGGCCCCGGACUCCAUUUCCCAGCGGCCACUGCGGCCUGCCCGAGCGCUCGGGCGCCUUUGUGAGCGCGGCCGGCAGCCAGGAUCGAGUCCUGGCCCGGGCCUUGGCCCAGCCCCGGCCUCCAAGGACCGCGCCGAAGGAGUUGCCCACUGGAGGGAGGCGGUGAGGAGCGCGGGAUGGAGCGGACGCCGGCAGCGGCCAUGCCACCAUGUCUCUGCAUUCUCAGGUUACUGUCCCUCUCCCAGAGAGGAGCCUACAGGAGUAGGACAGAAGAACUGUCAAAUUCUUGAAUCCUUAAAGCCAUGUCCAAGGAUUUGGUGACAUUUGGGGAUGUGGCUGUAAAUUUCUCUCAAGAGGAAUGGGAGUGGCUGAACCCUGCUCAGAGGAAUUUGUAUAGGAAAGUGAUGUUGGAGAACUACAGGACCUUGGUAUCACUGGCAGGAGUUUCUGUUUCUAAGCCAGAUGUGAUCUCAUUAUUGGAGCAAGGAAAAGAGCCCUGGAUGGUGAAGAAGGAGGGAACAAGAAGUUCAUGCCCCGAUUGGGAGUAUGUAUUUAAAAACAGUGAAUUUUCAUCAAAGCAAGAGACAUAUGAAGAGUCAUCCAAAGUUGUGACAGUGGGAACAAGACAUCUUAGUUAUGCCUUUGACUACCCUAGUUUGAGAGAAGACUGUCAAAGUGAGGACUGGUAUAGGAACCAGUUGGGAAGUCAAGAGGUACAUCUUAGUCAAUUAAUCAUCACUCAUAAAGAAAUCCUUCCAGAAGUUCAAAGUAAAGAAUAUGACAAACCUUGGCAAACAUUGCCUCAGGAUACAGUCUUCGGUACGCAACAGCGUUUUCCCACCAGAGAAAAAGAACAUAAGCAUGAAGCACAAAAGAAAGGGUACCGAAAAAAAUCUGUUGAAAUGAAACAAAGGAAAGUCUAUAUGGAAAAGAAACUUCUGAAAUGUAAUGACUGUGAGAAAGUCUUCAACCAGAGCUCUUCCCUUACUCUUCAUCAGAGAAUUCAUACUGGAGAGAAACCCUAUGCAUGUGUCGAAUGUGGGAAAACGUUCAGCCAGAGUGCAAACUUGGCUCAACAUAAGAGAAUACAUACUGGGGAGAAACCCUAUGAAUGUAAGGAAUGCAGGAAAGCCUUCAGCCAGAAUGCACACCUUGCCCAACAUCAGAGAGUUCAUACUGGAGAGAAACCUUAUCAGUGUAAAGAAUGUAAAAAAGCCUUCAGCCAGAUUGCACACCUGACUCAACAUCAGAGAGUUCAUACUGGAGAGAGACCUUUCGAAUGUAUUGAAUGUGGAAAGGCCUUUAGUAAUGGUUCAUUUCUUGCUCAGCAUCAGAGAAUUCAUACAGGAGAGAAACCUUACGUGUGUAAUGUGUGUGGGAAAGCUUUCAGCCAUCGUGGGUACUUAAUUGUACACCAGAGAAUUCAUACUGGAGAGAGACCCUAUGAAUGUAAGGAAUGUAGGAAAGCCUUCAGCCAGUAUGCACACCUCGCUCAACAUCAGAGAGUUCAUACUGGAGAAAAACCUUAUGAAUGUAAAGUAUGUAGGAAAGCCUUCAGCCAAAUUGCAUACCUUGACCAACAUCAGAGGGUUCACACUGGAGAGAAACCCUAUGAAUGUAUUGAAUGCGGGAAGGCCUUUAGCAAUAGUUCAUCACUCGCACAACAUCAGAGAAGUCAUACUGGAGAAAAACCCUAUAUGUGUAAGGAAUGUAGGAAAACAUUUAGCCAGAAUGCAGGCCUUGCUCAACACCAGAGGAUUCAUACUGGAGAGAAACCUUAUGAAUGUAAUGUUUGUGGGAAAGCCUUUAGCUACAGUGGAUCUCUUACUCUACAUCAGAGAAUUCAUACUGGAGAGAGACCCUAUGAAUGUAAAGAUUGCAGGAAAUCUUUCAGGCAGCGUGCACAUCUUGCUCAUCAUGAGAGAAUUCAUACUAUGGAGUCAUUCUUGACUCUUUCCUCCCCCUCCCCCUCCACAUCUAAUCAGUUGCCAAGACCUGUAGGUUUCAUCUCCUGAAUUUGUCUGGAAUCUAACCUCUUUAAUUCAUUUCCAUUUCAUCAUCCUUGUCCAAUGCACAUUAAUAUAUUUGACAUGGGAUACUCGAGUAGCUUUUCAGUUGGUCUCCUUGUAUUCACCAUGUCUCUGUCAGCUGUCCACAUUGCAGCCAAAUUUGUAUUUAAAAAAAAUAUGUUUAAUCUCAUUUCUCCCUCGUUAAAAUUCCUCAGUGACAUCUCAUAGAUUUUAAGUUAAAGCACACAUUCCUCAAAAUAGCCUAAAAACCUAGCUUCUAAUACCCUUUCCAGGCUACCUUCCAAAGUCCUAUCUUGGGUCACUAUCCAUCUCAUUCUCUGAAUUCUUAUCCAGGAUUAAGACACAUAAUCUAGGAUCAAAAAGAUCUGGGCGUCAAUCUUUGCACUUCCAUUUUCUAGCCCUCUAAUUUGGAGGCAACAUUUUGUGCUUUGUAAGCUUCAGUCUUAUUUAUAGUGUGGGAAUAAUAAUGUUUCUACCUCAAAAGUUAAUAGAAGAAUGAAAUAAUGCAUGUAAAUUGCUCAGCAGCGUGCCUAGCAUAAUUACUAAAAUAUUACUGUAAAGUAGAAAGAGAACCAUGCUAUACAUAGAAGACCCAAUCAUCUCAGCCAUGAUUAUCUCAGAAAUACAAAGAGAUGCAGCAGCUCAGGACUGAGAGAUUGUGGAGACUUUUUUUUAUUAGGAAUGCUAGUAAUUUUUCUAAAGGUAGGUGAGGAAGGAGGGUAUCUAGUACAGUGGGAUUGACAUUAGAGUCCACGAUAUAGGGUAAGAUGGUGGCUUCUAUCACAGCAUUCACGAGAUAUUUAACAGUUCUGAGAAACUAGUGUCUUAUUUAAAAAGGCUUUUUUUUUGAGACAGAGUGUUGCUCCGUUGCCCAGGCUGGAGUGUAAUGGUGCAGUCUCAGGUCGCUGCAGCCUCUGCCUCCUGGAUUCAAGCACUUCUCUCAACUCAGCCUCCUGAAUAGCUGGGAUUAUAGGCACGUGCCACCAUGCCCAGCUAUUUUUUGUAUUUUAAGUAGAGACAGGGUUUCACCAUGUUGGCCAGGCUGGUUUCUAACUCCUGACAUCAGGUAGUCUGCCCACCUCAGCCUCCCAAAGUGCUGGGAUUACAGGCGUGAGCUACCGUGCCCGGCCUAAAAAGUCAUUUUUAAUAAGACAGUUUACUGAGAUGUAUUCAUCAUCUACAUGUCAACAAAGGCAAAAUCAAAAUUAAAAGGAAAACUUAAUCAGUAACCAAUGAAGAGUAGAAAAUAAAGUAUAAGUUUGAACACCUGUCCUAAAUCUGGGUGAAUGAAUUAUAUCAAACCUGUGUCAUUUAAAAUAAUAAAGGUUGUUAAAUUACUAAAAUUUCAAAACUAAUGAAGAAACCAAAACUAUGGGUCAGUACUCAUAAACUGGCCCACAAUUGUGUAUGCAUCAAAUUUAAAAUACAUAAGAAUACCUUCAGCAGGCCAUGUGUUUUCCAUUUCUCCAACAUUAAAACCACUCCCUGAUCCUUUACAUCUGAGCUCUUUUAACAUUAAUUCCUGACUGACUGCAGAAGUCUUUUGGCUUAUAAUCCAUGUAGUAACCAAUUCACAUAUGACUCUAGAUACAAAUAGAAUGAUGAAAAUUUAAUGUAAGAUGAAAAGGAAGAUGAAUAAAUAUUCUUUAUAUGGUAAGACUGAUUCGCCGUCAUACAGAUGUCAGGAGCCCAUAAAUUACAGAUUCCACCUAACAGAAUUCUAAUAAAUUUUGUAACAUUUUAA